AAAGUCAAAGUUGAUGUCCGCAAGUACCGACCGCCGGAGCUACUACGGAUAUCGGACAGUCAGUGUCGCAGGCGAGGUGUAUUUUUGUCGCACUGUCAACUGCGGAAACAGGUCGAGUCUGGAGCCUGAAGAAAGACCGGGACGCUGUUUGGAUCGAGGGGAGGCCGGCAAGACAGGGCCCGAGACUGGACCCAUCCUUGCCUCGGACGAGCUCGUUUCCGAGAUUUAGCUUGAGCUGUAGUCUCCAUGGAGGACUGCUCGAACCAGCGGCAAUUGUGCUGGAUCUCUCCGUGCGGUUCUGCCGCUUCCAGCGCCAGUGAGUCGCAUCGUUUGAGCUCAUUUUUGCUUCCUUGAGGCGCUCGCGGUGAAAGCUUGAAUUCUCGAUUUUUUUAGACUCCGAUCCGGGAAACACCGAUCCAUCUUAAUGGUGUAGGGUUGAAUCGGAGGGUAAUUUUCUGAGGAACAAGUAGACAGAGGAAAAGAAAACAGCCAAGGAGCAACGAUGGCGUACCGGGGGAUGCCAGGCAUGACGGGCAUGACGGCCCCCGGGUUUGAAAGCAUGAGCAAUGGGGCUAGUCGUCGACGAUCAGGAGAGCCACGGUUCACUCCCAAUUCUUUCCAGUACAAUGUGAGAGUUGCAAUAGGUCUCGUGCCUUCUGCAAUUCUCCUUCUGGGCGUUGGAGGGAAGCCGAUUCUUGGUGUGCUCACCGUCGGGCUUAUGAUAUCGUAUAUUUUGGAUUCCCUACAGUUGAGACAGGGUGCUUUCUUUGGGAUAUGGGGGACUCUGCUUUCCACUAUGUUGGCCUGGGUUCUGAGUGGUGUUAGUUUCACCUCAGCAGCUUCCGAGUCCACUGUCAUGUACAUUCUCACGCUUCUUGUUUCUUUCUAUUUGAUAUUCAUCGUGGGAGUAUGGGCAUCCUUGCAAUUUCGAUGGUUUCAACUGGAAAAUCCAUCUGUGGUGUUAGCACUGGAGCGCUUGCUCUUUGCUUGCAUCCCCUUCACUGCAGCAGCAAUUCAAACCUGGGGGGUAGUUUCAGCUGUUGGGAUGGUCAAUGGCCCUUACUAUCUCAUGCUUAUACAGUUUGAAAUGUACUGGCUAUUUACUAUACCCCACCACUCGUCUUUCAUGCUAAAGACUGAAAGAAAUUAUGGUGGACAGAUUUCCGAGGAAGCUCUCAUAGCCGGCCCGUUGGAGUCAUGCUUUCACACACUUACCCUGCUUUUCCUUCCCCUCUUUUUUUACGUGGGAUCACACCAUGCCAAGAUGUUUUCCUCCAUCUAUUCGGUGUGUGAUAUGCUACUUCUCUUCUUUGUACCUCUUCUUUUCCUCAUGUUCGCGUCAAGUCGAGGAUCGUUGUGGUGGCUGGCAAAAGAUCCACGCGAUCUUCACCAAGUCAGGCUUGUUAAUGGAGGAAUAGCUGCUGUGGUCAUUAUCAUAUGCCUGGAAAUUCGUGUCAUCUUCUUGUCAUUUGGACAGUACAUUUCGAUAGCACCUCCUUGGAACUACACGCUCGUGACGGUGGCCUUAAUGGGAGGAGCAGGAGCUGUGGGUGCCUUCCUCUCUGGUUCCCUUAGUGAUGGUACUCGUUUCGUUGUGCUCAGUGGUUUUCUCCAAACUGCUGCUCUUUGUGGGUCAUUCGUAUUGGGACUCCCUUACAAGUUUUUUCCAGCUUCGAUCAUUGCUGCAUUUUUCCUGUCUCAGUUCUGUCUCAGGAAGAACGUAAUAUCCUACUUUGUCGCUGUACUUGCGGCCAGUGUACCAGCAACGUGGUUUGUUGUCCACAACUUCUACAACCUAAAUGUCUGGUUGGGAGGUGUGAACAUCAAGCAUAUUUGCCAGCUGAUCGUAGGGAGCAUUUUACUGGCGAUGAUAAUUCCAGGACUUUCUUUAAUCCCACAUAAGUUCAUCCAUCACUUGGUGGCCGUGGGUUUGAUAGGACAAGCUUUGGUGAUCUGUAUGGGAGAGAAUCGACUUUACAAUUUCACGAACAUGUACUAUUAUGGUCUGGAGGAUGAUGUUGUGUACCCGAGUUACUUGGUGGUUUUGACCAGUGUAAUUGGGAUGGCACUUACAAGACGUUUAGGUGCUGAAAAGAGGAUCGGCUCCUGGGCAGUUUGGGUCCUGUUUUGUCUCUAUGCGGGCAAGUUCUCAAUGUUGAUCAUAACAUCGAGAAAUGUGUUAUGGGCAUCAAUUGUCCUACUUUUGGCGAUCACUCCUCCGCUGGUCUUCUACAAGGACAAAGGAAAGGGUUUGUCGAGAAUGAAGCCCUGGCAAGGAUUGCUUCAUGCGAGCAUCGUGCUAGUUGCUGUGUGGUUCUGCAGAAACACGAUCUUUGAGGUGUUGCAGUGGGUAACAGGACAGCCGCCUUCAGAUGGAUUGCUUCUAGGUUUUCUGGUUCUAGCUACAGGUCUUUCAAGCGCACCAAUCGUAACACAACACUUCCCACAUGUCCAGUCUGCGAAGAGCGCCAUGGUACUUGUUGUAACUUUUGGCAUAUGCCUUAUCUUCAUCGAACCACCUGUUCCUCAGGGUUGGGUACUGAGUCAGUAUCGCACAUAUCAGAGGACCUUCUAUCCGGACGAGCUGGCAAUCUACGGAAUGACAACAUCUCAUCCAAGUUGGCCUUCAUGGCUCCUGGUGGCUACCAUAGUGACAUCGUUAGCAGCACUGACCUCAGCACUUCCUAUCCAGCACUUCGUCGAGCUUCGCCUUUUCUAUGCUGUGGGGGUGGGGACAAGUGGGGGAAUUUACCUAUGUGCACAAUAUUUUUAUCAAGCCCCUCUCUUACAUGCACUGCUUGUCGCCGCAAUUGUUUGUGCAUCCGUAUUCUUGAUAUUUACCCAUCUUCCCUCAGCAUCUAGCCCACGAUUCAUGCCUUGGGUGUUUGCCCUUUUGGUGGCUCUACUUCCAGUUAUGUAUCUCGUGGAGGGACAAAUUCGAGCCAAAACAGACACCGAGGAAGAUAAGUUCGUAACAUCUCUGGCAAUUGAGGGAGGUCGCAUGUCUUUGUUGGGACUAUACGCCGCUAUUUUUAUGGUCAUAGCUUUGGAAAUUAAGUUGGAGCUGACAACUAUUAUGCGAGACAAGGCGGACAAGCUUGGUGGAAGAGCGUCAAUUGUUGGUGGACCGAGGCCUCGUGUUGUGCAGCAGCAGCGACGUCCCACUAUCACAAAUUCUUUCGGAGUGAAGAAGCUUGCAGCAGAAGGAGCAUGGAUGCCAGCCAUCGGCAAUUUGGCUACAAUUCUUGCUUUCGCACUCUGUCUUACCCUCAAUGUCCACUUGACUGGAGGCUCCGAUCGUUCGAUCAUUCUCCUGGCUCCUAUAUUGUUACUUCUAAAUCAGGACGCCAACCUAUUGACUGGGUUUGGUGACCGGCAGAGAUACUUCCCGUCAACAGCUGCCAUUUCAGCAUAUCUACUCAUCUCGGGAGGCUACAGGCUGUGGGAAGAAGUCUGGCAUGGAUACCAAAAUGCUGGCUGGGGUCUAGAAACUGGGGGGCCAGGGCUGUUUUAUGCUGCAAAGAAUACUUUGCUGCUGUUUCUUACAGUUCCCAACCAUUUGAUGUUCAACCGCUUCAUGUGGGACUACGUGAAACAGUCAGAGUUCGUGUUGAUGUUGGUUUCCCCUUUAAAUAUACCUGCAGCAAUCAUAACUGAUGUUGCUAGUAUUAGAGUCCUAGCGGUUUUAGGGUUGAUCUUCGCCCAGGUACAGUACUUAGUAUCUCGACACAUACGAAUUGCAGGUAUGAAGUUUAUUUAAUGCGAUUCAUCUGUACUAUCUUUAGAAGUUUAGCAAUUUUUGCCCCACUUAGAUUGAGCAGGAGUUCUGAUCCUGCCGCAAAGUUUGGCUGGCAGGCAGGCAGGCAAACAGCCUCAAGCAGGGAAAUCAAGCAACUACCUCUCACAGAUUAGUCUCAAAAGAGGAUGUUCCCUCGCAUCAGAGCUGGAAAACACAGUUAGUAUUGUUACUCACACUAAAAAGGAACGUCUUGUUCGGUCAUUUGACAGUAGUUGCAAGAGUAGUAGAAGAAUCAAUGAGAAACAAAUUGGUUAUCUGGACUGCAGGUCGUAUUUGCCACCUUGUGAAUCCACGACAACAUACACAUCACUGUCUGUAAACACCCUAAUGGGAGCAUUUGUUUAGGCUCUAGGCGAUCCAGCUUGGACGUAAUUACCCGCUGACAUAGUUUAGUCCGUUCAUUCACAUGGUGUACGGCACGGUUUGUUUUAGUAUCGCAAUCACUCUCAAGGACUGAAGAGGACGGACGAAGCAAGCACAUUCGUACACAAUACUUAUACGGCACGUCGCCAGUGAGGAGCAUAAUUAAAGGCCAA